AUGAGAAAACAUUACGCAAGCUUAUUUCUUUUAGCAGUGAUAGCCGUCGCUGUUGCUUAUCCCAUUUUCCUAUCCAAGGUUUCAAAAGAACUAUCAUGGCUUCAUUUUCGAUCUCCAUGGACCCGGACUUCACCCCUUCCUGCCAGUGAGGCCAAAGAAUUCAUACAUCUAGAAAGGAUUUCGGACGACGAAUCCAUUACGAGAAGAGGUAAGACCCGGGACGAAAGCAUGGAGAUGGUCGAAGCUGGUCUUGCUAGAGCUAGAGCUUCAAUACGAGACGCCAUGUUAAACUCCAAUGCCGACUACUUGGAAGGCGACAUUUACCGGAACCGACAUGCAUUUCACCGGAGUUAUAUGUUAAUGGAAAAGAUGUUCAAGGUUUUUGUAUACGAAGAAGGGGAGCCGCCAUUAUUUCACUACGGAUCUUGCAAGGACAUAUACUCCACGGAAGGGCUGUUCUUGAGCUUAAUGGAACAGGAUAUGACGUAUCGAACGUGGGAUCCUAACGAAGCUCAUGUUUAUUUUCUUCCUUUUAGUGUCGUGAUGAUACUCAAGCACCUGUUCGAUCCUGUUAUCCGCAGCAAAGCUGUGAUGGAACGGACAGUUGUCGAUUAUGUUCGGAUCAUAUCGAACAAGUAUCCUUAUUGGAAUCGAAGCAUUGGAGUCGAUCAUUUCAUGCUCUCUUGCCAUGAUUGGGGGCCAAGGGCAACCUGCUAUGUGAAAGAACUAUACUACAAUUCCAUCCGAGUUCUAUGCAAUGCAAAUAUUUCAGAAUAUUUCAAUCCGAAGAAAGACGCAUCACUUCCAGAAAUCAACCUAAGAACAGGGAAGAUCACGAAUCUAACGACGAGUUCGCCUCCAUUGAAUUGGUCGAUCUUAGCGUUCUUUGCCGGCAACUUAUACCACGGAAAAAUAAGGGCAAUUCUAUUUAAGCAUUGGGAGGGAAAAGAUAAAGACAUACAAAUAUACGGAACACUCCCACAAGGGCUUUCCUAUGCUGAAAUGAUGAAGAGCAGCAAAUUUUGCUUAUGUCCGAGCGGGCACGAAGUUGCAAGUCCGAGAAUUGUGGAAUCGAUCUACGCCGAAUGUGUUCCGGUGAUACUAUCAAAAAAUUAUGUUCUUCCCUUCAGUGAUGUUCUUAAUUGGGACUCGUUUUCGGUCGAAGUUCCGAUGAGCGAAAUGGCGAACUUGAAGAACAUUCUUAUGGGAAUAUCUGAAGAAAAAUAUACAAGGAUGGUGAAGAACGUUAAGGAAGUACAGAGGCAUUUCUUGGUGAAUGAUCCUCCCAAGAGAUACGAUGUGUUUAACAUGAUAAUUCAUUCCAUAUGGCUUCGUAGGUUGAAUAUACGAAUUUACAGUUGA